UUUAAGCAGUAUCAGUGUUUAAUUUGCUCCAAGAACAAUUUUUUCAACCUUUUUGAUUCUCAAACCCAGUUUAAAUAAGCUGGGGUUUUGAGAAAAAAAGGGGUGUUUCCGAUUGGAAAUGUCUGUGAAGACCCGAGGAGGAGGAGGCGGCGGCGGCGGCGGCGGCGGAGGCGCCGCCGGCGGGAAGGUUUCAAGAAGCGGCCUUUCUAAAAAUUGGACCAUUUUUCUGUGUAUAAGCAGUUUCUGUGCCGGAGUGUUUUUCACCAGUAGAUUAUGGUCCAUUCAUGAAUCACAAGAAAUCAGUAAACCACCUACUUCUGGAGAUGAAAGCUUGAAGCUUGUUUCACAAGAUUGCAAUGUGAACAUAAAAGCAUUGAAAGGUGUCUUUGGGAAAGAUUCUAGAAAACAUGAUUCUAUCAAAACAUUGGACAAUGCCAUUUCAAGCCUAGAAACUGAGAUGGCUGUGGCUACUGAGUUAGAGGACACUGAGAAGAAUCCCACAUACAAAGAACGAAGAAAAUAUUUUAUGGUAAUAGGAAUAAAUACUGCAUUUAGCAGCAGAAAACGAAGAGAUUCUGUCCGUGCUACAUGGAUGCCACAAGGUGAACAAAGGAAGAAACUCGAAGAAGAGAAAGGAAUUAUAAUUCGCUUCGUCAUUGGGCACGGUGUCACACCAGGGGGUAUACUUGACAAAGCUAUUGAUUCCGAAGAUAACAAGCAUGGAGAUUUCUUGCGACUGGAUCAUGUGGAAGGGUAUCUUGAGUUGUCUGCCAAGACCAAAAUGUACUUUGCCACUGCUGUGAAGCUAUGGGAUGCAGAGUACUACAUCAAAGUUGAUGAUGAUGUUCUUGUAAAUAUAGGAACACUUGGGGAAACACUAGCGAGACACCGUAAAAAACCUCGUGUAUACAUCGGGUGCAUGAAAUCCGGUCCGGUCCUAUCACAGAAGGGAGUGAAGUACCACGAACCGGAGUACUGGAAAUUUGGGGAAUAUGGAAACAAAUAUUUCCGCCACGCUACGGGACAGAUAUAUGGGAUCUCAAAAGACUUGGCUAUAUACAUUUCCACAAACCAGCAUAUGCUGCACAAGUAUGCGAAUGAGGAUGUUUCAUUGGGUUCUUGGUUGAUUGGUCUCGACGUGAUGCACAUUGACGAUCGCAGGCUGUGUUGUGGAACGCCACCCGAUUGCGAGUGGAAGGCUCAAGCGGGCAACAUAUGCGUUGCGGCAUUUGACUGGGCAUGCAGUGGGAUAUGCCGACCGGUGGAUAGGAUCAAGGACGUCCACCAGAGGUGCGGGGAGGGAGAAAACGCUCUGUGGAAUGCCACAACUUUCUGAAUGAUGAAACUGCCACUUAAUGAAAUCACACGAAGUAUACGUAUAGAUACACAUAGAGAGCGAUCGAGAGAUAGGAAUUUUUAUCGCAGAUGGUCUGUCAUAUAUAGCAGCAUGUUUUUUUAUUUAUUAUUAUAGCAGCAUAAAUAAUAAUAAGAAUAAUACUACCAUAUCUAUAGUAUAAUUAGUGAAUGCAGAUCAUGUGUUAAUUCUGCAAAAAAAAAGUUGAGUACUUUGCUGUCAUAGUUAGUGAUCAAAGUAGAGCAUUUGAGGAGUUAGAUAUACCAGACAAUAUAGCUGUUUGAGGUUUCUUGCAAUUAAUGUUGAUGAAGCUUAGGAAUAGAAUCUGUUUUGUCUAAAAAAGAGAUUUGAAAUAGUUGAAGUAUGUGUGUGUACUCACUUUAUUUUGGCAUAGUAAGAUUUUUUUUAUUUAAAAUUUGAGUAAUGCUAGAGUCACAAACAAAAUACUCUUAAAAUAUACUCUCUCCGUCCCAUAAAGUGUUACCCAUUUUGACUAAAGUUGAAAUUAAGAGAGGGAUAAUUUUGUGUUGACUUUCCAAAAAUACCCUUGAUGUGAUGGGUAAAAGUAGGAUGUGAUGUGUAGAUUAUUAGGAAAAAGGUAUGAUGUGAUAGGUAGGGUUUGAAAAAGUAAGGGGUAAAAGUGGUUUUUUAAUAGAAAUGGGUAAGGGAUUGUGGGA